ACCGCCGCUCGCGGCACCGCCAUCGGGGCUCCGGCGGCGGAGGUGGAGGUGGACAAGGCGUACUUCUACACCGACGAGUACCCUUUCACAGCGGCCCAGUUCGACCGAGAGAGGGAGAACCUGCUGGGCCUUCAAAUUGGGUUAGACCCGAAAAUGCCACAGAUUGAUCCGAGCAGCCGGAAGAUGCUCCAGAUGACGAGCGGCGUGGCAGCGGACCUCGAGGAGUGGGACAUCGAGUGCGCCACGAAGCACCUGGACGCGAUCAAGGACAGCGUCACCACCCACGACGACCUCCACGAGUUCACGCUCAUGAAGGGCGAGAAGGUGGUGAACGCGUUGGACCUCGCCGGGCUGGUAGACGCCCCCGGGCUGUUCGACGAUCUCACCCAGCGGUGCCGUGUCGUCUUCACCAACAAGAAGCGCCUCAUCUUCACGCAGGCUAAUCACUCGGCGGUGGUCGGUCUGCCGAAGAUGCGCUGCUUGGCAUCGCUGCUGACGUGCUGCCACGACCGCUGGUCACGCCGGACGUGGACCGCGUACUGCGCGACGAUCAACGCCUCUGAGGUGCUCCAGGUCUUCGUGCACCAGGAGCUCUCCACUUCCUACCAGACCUCCACCUGCACCUUCAACGACAUCUUGGAGUUCCUUUGCUGCCCGACGGGGGGAAGCAUGUACUCCGAGAAGGACAUUGACGGCGUCACGCAGACGCUCGGAGACCAUGACCCGGGUGACUGCAUGAGCCGCUGGGACAAGACGCGCUUCAUGCGCCACGCCUUGGUCAUUCGCUACGUGGACUGCGCAUCCCAUUCCGUGCUAGAGACCAGGGCCAUGGCUCAUCCGUCGGUCCCCGCCUCUCAGCUGUACGAGAUGGCCCGCUCUAUCGAGGCCAAUAUCACCGUCAGGAUGACCGACUGGACGAAGUCCAAGAGCCUUCCCACCGCUCUGGAUGCCUCGAGGUUCGACAACUCCUCUCCGCCGCCGCCGCUGUUCAAGCGCAAGUCGUACAAGGGCCUCAUGUUCUUGCUCCUCAUCGUGGCGCUCAUCUUCUUCGCGGUCGACACAACGGCGGCGGUCUUCAUGGUUUUCGCGGUCCUCGUCGCCCUGUACGGGGCCUACUCCGGCAGCAGGACGCAGCGGAGGCGGAUCCGCAACGCCGGGUGGUGGAUAUUCAACGUCUCCAAGAAGACACUAGGCUCGAACGGCGCGGGGGCCGGGGUGUACGCGAUCUCCGUAAUCCUGGGACUCCAGGGCACCGGCGAGAGCAGCCAGACGGCCUCGUAUUACAACUGAAGGAAGUGUUUCUAAGAUCGCAUCCUGCUUGUCGGGGGUCGCGGUCGUUCUUCUUGCGGCACGAUCGUUUUCAUUGGAUCCGUCCACACCCAGUGACUGGUGUUUUUUCGCCUGUUUGCCCGCCUCGGCUUUUCCGCCCCGGCACAUUUAAAAGGAUAGGCGGAGAUGAGCGAGCGAGCGUCAUGCCACGGGCAUGGCACUACUACUGCUGCACUAUACGCGCUGUCACGUACGCCAGCCCUACAUUACCAUUGUCUGCCUUCAAUUUUGUGUCUUAACCGCCUCGGACGAGAACACAACAAAUCUGUCUCCGUUUAUGUGUGUCGCUGCAUCUACGUUGGGGCGCCAGCUUUUGUACAGUAGUCUUGUAAACUAACUUGCUUUGAGAUGGAUUUUUUUUUUAUCACGGAAGAUUUACCAUUCGAGAUAUUUCCCCACUGGGCCAGUUGAAGGGAUGUGUUGCAGCCAGUGUUGACAGUAGAGAACGCGGAAAAGGAAGUGCUGCGAAGGGGGUAUCACUGCUGCUGCUGCUGUCGCAAACCUCGGAAUGUUAACAGGAGACCUGUCUGUGCAGCCACCGUGAUGAUGCAAACGUAACCGUGUCGUGGAAAUGCAGAGCAGGCCGUUUCGUGCAGUGAGCUCGGUGUGUGUUCGUUCGUCGAAAAUAAGAUAAAUGUAGUGCUGCUGAUUUGUUUACUUAUCUAUCAAACUGUCCUCAGGCUGUAGGGUAUUUUUUAUGUUUUAGUGCGUGAUUGCCACGUCAGACUGAGGACUACCCUGUCGUCGAUUGUGACGUCAGAUGACCUGUCGGAGAUCUACCUUCGGGGUGUUAUCACAGAUAGAGUCAGUGCAGGUUGGAUGCUGAACCUUGCUUCAACACAAGGUUGCUCCCCACCUGACACUCACUCAACUCAACUCAACACAACUAUCCGACCUCGUCAGCCUCUCCACCAGAGGUUGAAGCGGUGUGUAUCCACACCACACAUCCCAAAGGGAACUUGCUCACACGCGAACCUGGAGACAACCGUCUCGGUGGCGUCAGCGGCAGGAUGCUCGUCUAAUCUCAUCCAAUCUCGGCAUUACGUCAUAUCUAGUCUUUUCUUAUCGGCAUGAAUGUUUUGGACGCGUCUGGUGGAGUCGCACAGGAGGAAGUUCACAUGAUUACAACUAGCAGUAUACAUCAUUUUAUAUUUGGCGUUCAUGUGUGUAGACAAAUACACAUUAUUUUUUUGGUCUUUUUGGUGUAGUGUAGGUAACUUGGAGGGGGCAUUUCCCACCCCCCGUGGAGUUUUUAUUUUGUUCUUGUUUUGGUACCGGGUAUGAUAGGUGAAGAAGACGAUGAUAAGAACGGGAAUCUGUUUUCCCACUCCAGUAGUAGCUGGAUCAGAGCAAGGAGAGUCACCCUGGGCCGAGAAGGUUGUGUGCUGGGGUUGAACCUCAAGGGAAUGGCAAGAACGUCGAGAGAUGUAUACGUAGACAAGUUGAAGGAUGUACCUUCAAAAGGAAUACUCAGUAAGAUAUACCUUGAGCUAAAAAAAAUGAAGUGCGA